AUGUCCAGAUCCGGGGACAGGACCUCCACCUUCGACCCCAGCCACAGCGACAACCUGCUGCACGGCCUCAACCUGCUGUGGAGGAAGCAGCUCUUCUGCGACGUGACCCUGACGGCCCAGGGCCAGCAGUUCCACUGCCACAAGGCCGUGCUGGCCUCCUGCUCCCAGUACUUCCGAUCCCUGUUCUCCAGCGGCGGCGGGAGCGGCGGGCACCCCCACGCCCUGGGGCUGGGGCCCGGCGCCCAGGACGGGCUGGGAGGUCCGCCGAAGGAGCCGCCGCCGCCGCAGACGCAGGAGGAGCCCGGCACCCCAUCCUCCUCCCCGGAGGACAAGCUGCUGGCCAGCCCGCGGGCCAUCAACAACCUGGUGCUGCAGGGCUGCUCGUCCAUCGGGCUGCGGCUGGUGCUGGAGUACCUGUACACGGCCAACGUGACCCUCUCGCUGGACACGGUGGAGGAGGUGCUGUCGGUCAGCAAGAUCCUGCACAUCCCGCAGGUCACCAAGCUGUGCGUGCAGUUCCUCAACGACCAGAUCUCGGUGCAGAACUACAAGCAGGUGUGCAAGAUUGCCGCCCUGCACGGCCUGGAGGAGACCAAGAAACUGGCCAACAAGUACCUUGUGGAGGACGUGCUGCUGCUCAACUUCGAGGAGAUGCGCGCCCUCCUCGACUCGCUGCCCCCCCCCGUCGAGUCGGAGCUGGCGCUAUUCCAGAUGUCCGUGCUCUGGCUGGAGCACGACCGGGAGACCCGCAUGCAGUACGCCCCGGACCUGAUGAAGCGCCUCCGCUUCGCCCUCAUCCCGGCGCCGGAGCUGGUGGAGCGGGUCCAGUCGGUGGAUUUCAUGCGCACCGACCCCGUCUGCCAGAAGCUGCUGCUGGACGCCAUGAACUACCACCUGAUGCCCUUCAGGCAGCACUGCCGGCAGAGCCUGGCCAGCAGAAUUCGUUCCAAUAAGAAAAUGCUGUUAUUGGUUGGAGGAUUGCCUCCCGGACCUGACCGGCUACCCAGCAAUUUGGUUCAGUAUUAUGAUGAUGAAAAGAAGACGUGGAAAAUACUGACAAUUAUGCCAUACAACAGUGCCCAUCACUGCGUCGUGGAAGUGGAAAACUUCUUGUUUGUGCUAGGAGGAGAAGACCAGUGGAACCCUAAUGGGAAACACAGUACAAACUUUGUUAGCCGAUACGAUCCCAGAUUUAACAGCUGGAUACAACUUCCACCCAUGCAAGAGAGGAGAGCCAGUUUCUACGCCUGCCGCCUUGACAAGAACUUGUAUGUCAUCGGUGGAAGAAACGAAACUGGCUACUUGUCCAGCGUUGAGUGCUACAACCUGGAGACAAACGAGUGGCGCUAUGUGUCUUCGCUACCACAACCCCUGGCAGCCCAUGCAGGAGCCGUUCACAAUGGCAAGAUAUACAUUUCAGGAGGUGUUCACAAUGGAGAAUACGUCCCCUGGCUGUACUGCUAUGACCCUGUGAUGGACGUCUGGGCCCGAAAACAGGACAUGAACACAAAACGAGCAAUCCACACUCUGGCUGUGAUGAAUGAUCGACUGUAUGCAAUUGGAGGAAACCAUUUGAAAGGUUUCUCCCAUCUCGAUGUAAUGCUUGUGGAGUGCUACGACCCAAAAGGUGACCAGUGGAAUAUCCUCCAGACUCCUAUUCUGGAGGGUCGCAGUGGCCCUGGCUGCGCAGUCCUUGAUGACAGUAUUUACCUUGUAGGAGGCUACAGCUGGAGUAUGGGAGCCUACAAAUCUUCUACUAUUUGCUACAGUCCUGAGAAAGGGACUUGGACAGAGCUGGAAGGUGAUGUUGCGGAGCCCCUAGCAGGACCUGCGUGUUCGACUGUGGUAUUGCCGGCCUGUGUUCCUUACAACAAGUGAUGGGCCAAGAGCGCUGACAUGAACACUGAGUGCAUUUGGGAAAAUAAUGACGGGUGACAUAAAUAUUUUAUUAGAACAGAAUUCCUGUUAAAACAAAGCUACCAUAAUUGACCCCUCAUUCCAUGUUUAUGCUUUAGGAGCAAACUAAAAGAAAA